GUAACUUCGCCGAAUCUAACCUGUCCCUGGAGUCUGGACUCGAUAGUAGCCAAACGACAUCGUCUCCAGUCCGUCCAAACCAAAUCUCCGAUAGGGGGUCUCGCAGAACCAACUCUGAGCAACCGAAAAUCCGAAGCGGAAAUGGGGGUCGACGAUGUUCCCCUGGACGACAAGGCCAAGCGGAUGAGAGAUCUGCUCUCGAGCUUCUACUCCCCCGAUCCUUCAAUGUCCUCCUCCCCUGAUACGACGUCCUCGUCGUCCAAACGAACCACUCUGGACGACAUAAAUUCCUCCUCCUUCGAUCCCGACCAGUACAUGAACCUCCUGGUGCACAAGUCGAAUUUAGAAAGGCUUCUGCAGAGGCAUGUAGAAAUGGCGGCCGAGAUAAAGAAUCUUGACACUGACCUACAAAUGUUAGUGUAUGAGAAUUAUAACAAGUUCAUCAGUGCUACCGAUACGAUUAAGAGGAUGAAUAGUAAUAUCGUAGGCAUGGAGUCAAAUAUGGAACAGCUUCUUGAGAAGAUCAUGUCUGUGCAAUCGAGAAGUGAUGGGGUGAACACUUCGCUCUUUGAAAAGAGAGAACACGUAGAGAAAUUGCAUCGCACUCGUAACCUUCUUCGUAAAGUUCAGUUCAUUUAUGAUCUACCUGCUAGGCUUGGAAAGUGCAUCAAAUCAGAGGCCUAUGCUGAUGCAGUCAGGUUCUACACUGGAGCUAUGCCAAUUUUUAAGGCAUAUGGAGAUUCAUCAUUCCAGGAUUGUAAACGAGCAUCUGAAGAAGCCAUGGCUAUAAUUAUAAAGAACUUGGAGGGAAAGCUAUUCUCGGAUUCUGAAUCUAUACAAGCAAGAGCAGAGGCUGCAGUGCUUCUUAAAAAGUUAGAUUUUCCGGUGGAAAGCUUAAAGGCCAGACUACUGGACAAGUUGGCACAAUCUCUUGCAGACCUUCAGCUUAAGACUGAAGAAAUAAGUAAUGCUUCAGUAGAUCCUAAUGAUCUUUCUCAAGAAGAAAGCAAUCCUGGAUCAGCUCCUGCUGCUACUCAUGAGGCCUCUGUUCGCGAGUUUGCAGAGGCUAUCCGUGCUUAUCGGAUAAUAUUUCCUGAUUCAGAAAGCCAACUAAUUAAACUUUCACAAGGCGUGGUUACCAAGCAUUUUGAAGCAAUUGAGGAAUAUGUAAAGAAACGUAUUUGCUCCACAGAGCUGCUGCAUGUCCUUCGAAUUAUUUGGACAGAUGUGCUCCUGAUGGAUGAAGUGUUACAUGAGGCUGCUCUCCCUAACUAUUCAUUGGAGGCUGCAAAGGUUGCUGUCAAACAGUAUGUUGCGAGCACAUUUUCUCAUCUUCUACAUGAUAUCUCAGAUUCCCUUACAGAAGUUCAUGUUAAACAAAAGGAGGGGGUGGGGGAGUAUUCAUUGCAGACUGCCCUGGAGGCCAGCAAAAAAGCAGUGCUUCAAGGCAGUAUGAAUGUUUUAUUGGACUUCCGUCAAAUUGUAGAAGACAACUUGGAGCUACUAGUUCAGCUGAGACCCUUGAUUAUUGAUUUGGUUCAAGAAGGAUUUCAAGAUUUCUUCGGGGCCCUUGAUGAUCACUUCCUUUUGCUCUCAGGCGGAAAUAAUGCAGUCAGUCAAGAUCAAGGUUUUGUGGAGGGGACACAAGUUGACAAAGCAUUUGCUGGCCUUGUCCUGGUUCUGGCUCAAGUUUCUGUCUUCAUUGAACAAACUGCAAUCCCAAAAAUCACUGAGGAAAUUGCGGCUUCCUUUUCUGGUGCUGGUGCUAGAGGCUAUGAGCACGGGCCUGCAUUUGUUCCUGGAGAAAUUUGUCGAAUAUUUCGUUCAGCUGGAGAGAAGUUUCUGCACCUUUAUAUUAAUAUGAGAACUCAGAGGAUAUCCCUUCUCCUGAAGAAGAGGUUUACGACACCAAAUUGGGUCAAGCAUAAGGAGCCCAGAGAAGUUCAUAUGUUUGUUGAUUUAUUUCUCCAAGAGCUUGAAGCGACAGGAUGUGAAGUAAAGCAGAUUUUGCCUGAAGGGCUGCGAAGGCAUCGUCGCAAUGACAGCAAUGGAAGCACUAACUCAUCAAGGAGCAAUCCGUUACGAGAGGAAAAGUUGAGUCGGUCCAGUACCCAAAGGGCCAGGAGCCAGCUUUUGGAAACCCAUCUAGCAAAAUUGUUUAAGCAAAAAAUUGAAAUUUUCACAAAAGUGGAAUAUACACAGGAGUCAGUGGUGACAACAAUAGUAAAACUUUGUCUUAAAAGUUUGCAAGAAUUUGUCCGACUCCAGACUUUCAAUCGGAGUGGAUUCCAACAGAUUCAGUUAGAUAUUCAGUUCCUACGGACUCCUGUGAAGGAAAUUGUUGAAGAUCAAGCUGUGAUUGACUUUCUUCUCGACGAGGUGAUUGUUAAUGCUUCAGAGCGUUGUCUUGACCCAAUUCCUUUGGAGCCCCCCAUUUUGGACAGACUCAUACAAGCAAAGUUGGCCAAAACAAGGCAUCAGAAUCCAGUCACUCCAUAAACAUCUGAUGGGGGCAUGACCGAUGAUUGUAAUGACCUUUAAUUCUCCAUUUCUUGGACUGCGUUCCUUCCUCAUAUUCUGCUUCAUUGAUGUCUCAACCAUACAUCUGAAAAACAAAAAGAAUGAUUAUCCAUAGUUGUUACUGACAUCUUUCUUUGACUGGGGUCAGUUGAGUUCAUUUUCAAGGCCUAUAGUUGCUCUCCAAUCGUGUCGACAUGGAAUGUCUUCGAGAAGAGUGGUUUGAGUCUGCAAUUUAGUGCAAGUAUUCUUCAGUCAGAGGGAGGACAUGCACCCUUUAUCGCAAA